GCAAUGGCAAAUGAAAAGUUUCAGACACGUCUGGAAACGAUUGUGGCGGCUAAACGAGGAACCUUUGCGACCUGUAACUUUACUUAUGACGGGAAAAGGGACUGUGAUAAAGUAGAUGCUUUCCUAGCUGCAGCCACAGUAUAUAAAACAGCCGAGAAGAUGAGUGACUUAGAUGCGCUCCAAGGUCUCCCACUACUGCUUCGGGGGGAGGCGGCAGAAUGGUGGCAAGCCGUUAAACAUGGUGUUUCAAAAUGGGAGGAUUUUAGCAACAAACUGCGUCAUACGUUUGUACCUAGCCCACCAGCGUUCAUGAUAUAUCACCAAAUUACCCACGAAAUCCAGGACGCUACUACCACCACCGAGGCAUUUAUCUCCAGGAAAAGGGAACUAUUUUCCUUGCUCCCUCCACCAGCACUCACUGAAACACAACAGAUUGAUCUAAUCUUUGCACUCAUACGUCUGGACAUAAGGAACCGCAUGCCGCGAAACUCUGUAACUACAUUUAAAACACUUUUACAAAAAGCACGAGUAAUCGAGGAAACCCUACACCAAUAUGUACACGGUUUACAACCCAUGGAGUCUACUAAAAGUAUAGCUCAAGGUCGUAAAGGCAAGCUGAGAUGCAGUUUUUGCAAAAACCUAGGCCAUUCAGUAGAAGUCUGCCGAAAGAAAAAACGAGCUAAGAGAACAGUUACCACCCAAAUAAAAGAUGUUGCAGAGCGUCAAACACAGGCACCGUCCCCGUCACUACCAAAAUUCUCCUGCUUUGGUUGUGGCGCACCUGGCGUAUUCAGGAGCAAUUGCAGCUCGUGUAAAAGAAAGUCACCGGGUAUAAAUAGGGAAAGCCCCAGUUAUUGCGCGACCAAUUUCUGGAAUAAUGCACGAUCACGUCCUGUAGUAUUUAUUGACGUCGAAGAUAUUAAGUGUACCGCUUAUAUUGACACAUCUGCCAAGAUGAAUGUGGCAUCGAUCUCGCUGUACCUUGCACUAGAGAAGCAUGGAUGUGUUUUUGACGAACAAACAGUAGACUUGACAUUAGAUGACAGCGUAGAGAAGAGGCAAAAUGUGUUAGUCUGCAAAACCACGGUACACUUGAUGGAGAGGAAGAUACCAACUACAUUUAUUGUGUUACCUGAAGCGAAAGAAAAUCGUACUCUCCUGGGCGUGGAUUUUCUUCAGAAUGCAGGCAUCGUUAUAAACCUGCCGCAGUACACAUGGCACUUUAUUGAUGAGCCUGAGGAGCAGCACACAUUGUAUUCGGAAGAGUUUGCUGUCUUUGAAGCUAGCAUACUCAAAGAAAUGGAGUUACCAAGUCCUGUUAGUGACCUAAGUAUAGAUAGCGAUGAAUCGAAUAUUGAAACAGUAAUACCAACACCUCCGUCAACACCACCAGCAAAGAUGCUGAAGAAUACAGCAGCUCAGUCGCCUGAGAAAAUAGAGUACAAACUGGUGCCCAUAGAUCCGAGUACUCCUACACCAAAGAAAAGGUCUCGCUUGUUUGAUGGUUACUCCCCAAGGUUUACAGACUUCAUGAUGAGAGAUGCUCAAAUAAAUGUCCAUCGGAAAGACGUCGACUUAUCUCCAUAUAGCGCAACUCUCUUUGAUCCAAAUAGCUGGGAUUUUAGCAUUAACUCAAUCAACGUGGCGGCUCAUAUUACAAAUUCCCAGAAACAGAGGUUAGAUAAGCUAACUGAGCGAAGCAAGGAUUUGUUCAACACUACCUGCCUACAACACUAA